AUGACAAAAUCCAAAAAAUCAACUGCAAAGCCACGACAGACGCCUUAUCCGACACCUGCGACUCCUGUCAACCCUAACUCUCGAUCUGCACAUUCAAAUCCUAGCACGAGAUCUUUUCCACCAGCUCCCAAGUUCUUCCCGACGUUUACAAAUUUCGCAUUUCCACAAACGACCUUGACAGCAUACGAGGAACAACAAAGCCUCUGCGCCUUCAUUGAAGAUCUGCAGAAUGGCACUGGUACUGUGGAUGAGAGUGGGAGUGUUGGCCUUGCUGGCAUUCGUGAUCCUGAAAGAUUUGACGAGAGCGCAUCUGAAAAUGCUGAGGGAGAAGAAUCUCGACGAGGACGAGAAGGAGAGUCUACGAGAAUUGACAAAGAUGGUGGUAUUGGUCGGGCUGAGGGUCCUACACAGAGGCUGGCUCUAAGCGAAGAGGAGGGAGGCAAAGAAAUGGUGUGUUCGUCGUUCGACAAAGGUCAGGACAAGUCAUUCACUGGACCUCUGCGAAACUUACCGCCAGCCCUCGACCCAAACCCUCCACAUCAACAGCAGAAGUCACCAACCCACUCUCAUUCACCGGACCCUUUCACAGAAGAGCAGACAAAGCUUGCCGAACUACUUGUACCUGUAGCAGAAUUCAACGACAAAACACCUUGGCCAACACCUUUCCAUGAGCAACCACUUCCACCUCCAGACUGGCAUGCCGAAUGUCCAGAUGGCUACGAACCUUCAAUUACUGCUGGAUACCCUCAGAGAAGACAGUAUCCGAUCUACAGUCUGGCAGCCCAUGAUGCAGACGUCGUGCUAGAUGAAUCGGAUCCGAGCAUACCGGUUCCUGGAGUUGGGAAACAUUUUGAAAUGCAUCCGUCAGGCCCGUCCGUAAACCCCGCGACGCGCAUGCCACCACCACCAUAUGCCAAUCAGGACGACGGGAACAAAUCGCAUACUCAAAGGGAAGACCUGGGAACCUCUCAGGAAGACCAACACAACUCGACCAGCACUCUGGUGUCCGACGAGCAGUCUUCCACGUCUUUGCCGAGCGUUCCACAGGACCAUGACCAAAAUGACGCGUCGCAGUCGAGUAGUCGAGUCCGUACUCCAGAAGAUGCCUCGUAUUCUCAGUCAGACUCGACCAACAGUCCGACAAGACACAAGAGGACUGCUAGCGGCUUGCUGAAGGCCGUUGACACUCCCAAUGAUCAAAGACCACGCGCCGAGAGUGUGAGUUCGGCUGGCAGCAAGGCUGGCGAAGUUGCUGCUCAGCUCAAAACUCGACUUGCAUACGCCAUGGUCAAGGUCCAACAUGGCUGGGAACAUCGCAAUAUCAAUGAAGUCGAGCAAUUGGCUGCUGCUUUACGUCCACGCAUGGCUGCAUCACCACCAGCGUCCAGUGCACCAAUCGAUAUCCGAUCACCACCCUCGAAGAGACGCUCCGGAGCAGGAACAGUUUCCUGGUCAUUACCAGACACGAGUCCGGCCAUAAACGGUUCAUCACAGAACAAUCACACCUUCAGACGUCCUUCGGCUUCUUCUCCACCCGCACAAGUUCCAUCGACACCCAAGCCGCGUCCACCACCUGUGCGCGCAACCAUGCCAACCCAGCAGGCCGAACAAGACGCAAUGGAUGCUUUGAUGUUGAUGGGUGGCAGUCCAGGUAAAGGUGGCAAGUUUUCACAGUCUUCAUCGCAGCAGACGCCGCACUCUCAAUCACAGCAAAUUUGGCACAGUCAAGGCUCCACAAAGUCUCUGAGUCGUCGCCAUCCUGAUUCUCCUACUGCCACGGAAAGAUCACCCAAGCGUCCGGCAGUCUUGAGUCGCAAUAACAGCAGUACUUCGGAAGUAAGUGUUGCCAACAGCGAAGUCCGCGAAGCUAGAGAAAGAGUCCUUGAUGAAGUUGAAGAGGCGGCAUGA